AUGAAAAGCAUCCAUGUGAGUCAGCUGAGGGCAGGAUCGUUCAGCUUGGAGAGCAUGGUCGAGGAAAUGGUUGUGAUUGAGGAAGAAAGCCUUCAGCAGACACGGGAGGGCCUUGUUGAUGUUUUGAGGGAUCUGGAAGGGAUACGUGAAGGGCUGCUGUUUAAGAGGGAAAGGCUUGGGCAGAAGAUACGAUCGAUUGAGGAAGGGGUGAGGCUUGAUAAGAUUGAUGAAUUGGUGGCGGAGAUAAAUGGAUUGAGUGUAGAGCCUCUUGGGACAUCGAGAGAGAUUCUUGAGAGGAAUAGAGAGAUACUGAACCUGAAGCAGAUCAGAAGGGCUGUAAAGUAUGCAGUAGAGAUAGAGAAGGGAAACUUUUCUGUUGUUGAGGGAUUGUGCACAAGCGACGAUGAGCAAGACUGGAGAUUUCUAUGCUUCUUGCUUGCUAACAUUGGGGAGGUAGGGGAAAGAGGCCAAGAGGUUCUGAGAUAUAACAAGGUAGUUGAAGAGAAGAUGCUUGAGGUGUUUGAAGAGGGGCGGAGGACCAACAACAAGACGGCGAUGAGGUCUGCAUACAAUGCGCUGGAAGAGAUGGACAAGGGCAUUUUCCUCAUACAUGUGUACUUGUACUCUUUGGAGUUAUUUAAGAAGCCAGUUAGCAUGAAGUGCAAUGAGGAGGAUGUGCUUGAUCUUGACUUUUAUGUGGGAGAGAGCAACAUGUUCACAAACCUUGUUGACAUGGCCAGAGAAACGUAUGAAAACGACUUCUGGAAUCUUGAGGAGGUGUUUCCCAACACCGGAAAGGCAUAUGGCGUGAUUCACAAGAAGGUGUAUGAAGAUGUUUUAUACAAAGGGCUUCGCGACUGGCUAGACGGGCUGAGCCCAUGCAUGUUUUUGCUGAAUCUUGAAGGAUGCUGCAAGAACAUAAGGAUCCUUGGUCUUGUGAUUGAGGAGAUUGACAGUGGGUUUGAUAGCGAUCGCGCCAUGCAAGACCUUGUUUCUCAAUAUGUCACCAGUGCAGUUGAGAACGAGAAGCGAGUGUUUGACGAGAUUUACGAUGCGAUUGUAAAGAAGAAGAGAUGUAGGAUCACAUACAUUGUUCUUGGCACAGAAGUCGGCAUGAGCGACGAUCUUAUUUUUGGAUUCAAGCAGUUGCUCGAUGUGAUGAGCUUUUCGUUUGAAAGGGCUAGCAAGCUGUAUGGAGAGGUUGGCAAGGAUGAUCUUGAGGAGUACUUCUCGAGGCGAAUGGGCGAGUUUGUAGGAGUAGUGUAUGGAUCGAUCAGAGAGAAGUUGAGGGCUGUGAAGGCAUUGAAGUAUAUUUAUCUUGUGAGUAAGAAGUACUUUGCAGACAGGUUUUGGAAGCUGAGGACGUUCCGCAACAGGAUUGGGGAGAAGCUCAACGAGGCUUUUGAAGAGCAGAUCAGGAGCUGCAGAAUAAGAAUAGGAGCCAGGAUUAAGGAGAAAAGAUUUAUUGAGGGAGGAAGAAGUAUCAGGGUGGUUGAGAUAGCAAGAUAUGAGUUUGACAAGGCGUCUGAGAUGUCUAUAAAGGGAAAGCACUACAGGGUGUUGGUGGAGAAGGUGCUAUACUCGGUGUAUCAUUUUUUGCACGACCAGAUUGUGCAAAUGGUUUUUGACGAGGAGCAGUCUGCAAAUGUUGUAGAGUAUGUCUCGGACAUUCUUGAGUUUGCAACGAGUCUUGGAUGCACAGAGGUUGCACCGCAGUUUGGAUAUCUGAAAGACCUGUGCAUGCUUAUUGCAGUGCCCAGAGAUGAGCUUGAGUCGCUGUAUGAAACACUUCUUGGCAGGGUAGCAGAAAACGAAAUGCAGCAGAUCCUAAGGUGCAGGAAGGAUGGAGGGUUUGCAAAUGAUAAACGAGGCAUUAUGGAAAUGAAUAGAAGGACAGAUGAGGAUGGAGAGGAGGAUAUGGAUUAA